UUUGCUCUGAGUGUCCGUCAUUUCUGACUGAAGCUAACGGUUUUUUUUUCUUGUUUACAUAGCAUAUUUAUUUUAUAUUCAUUACAUUUUUAUGAGGAGGAUUAUUUCGUUCUAAACUUUUUGUUUUGUCUUUUUAACGUUUGUCCUGAAAGUUAGUGGCCUCAAAUAAUGAAGAUGGAGCUCACUAGUAAUAAAUUUAUGCAGCAGCGUUUUAAUCGGCAAAAGCAUGAAAUAGAAUCGUUCGUGGUACGAAUUUAUCAGCACAAUCUGAUUAAGGACGGAGGCAUCAUCAAACGGAAACUGCGCGAGAAGCUUUUCGAAGAGAUAAAAUUGCGCCGCAUCACUCGUGUCAAAAUGGACGAGUUGGGCUGGGUGCUGAUGAACCACGAUUUGAUAACACGUAAUGAGUCAAUCCAACAGCAUGCCAAUGGUAAUCGACCAAAUCAUUUUAAAUUCAACAUGGAGCGGUUGCGAAACCUACUGGAGCAGCACGAACAGAACAAUCACGCUGAGUUGACUGCCAAAAAGCAAAACAAGUUCCUGCGUAUGCAGGAUGCAAUUUUACAAAACGACAAAGUUUUGAAGGAAAUUAAGGAGAUGGUAGUGGCGAAUCAACCUCUAGCGGAAAUUCGUUAUGUGACUACGGUGGAACGUAUGCUGAAACACAAUUUGGACGCCUCUUUGCGCUGCUGCUUUGUAUGCCGAGAGUAUUUCCGCACUGCCGAUGAGUAUACUAGUCAUUUCGAAAAAUUGCACGGUGAGAAAUUUCUUAUUGUUGCGGCGGUGGAUCGAUUUCAGACUAGUCAAAAGUUUAACGUUCUACAUCACUACAAUGCCCUUAAUCCGGUGACAAUAUUCACGAUUUGCAACAUAUACCACACAGCCAUGCAUGUUGAUUGUGUUUAUCUGUACCACAUUACCAAUCAACUAAUGCCAAUCAAUCGAGAUGUCUGGCCCAUCACGAUUAACCCAGGAGACACAUAUAAAUUUUCUGUCACAACGGGAAUGUUUCUGGUUCCUCAGCAUGACUAUACUAUACUGAUACACUUCAACAGAAUCCUCGAGUAUGUCGAGCAGUAUCAUUUCCGGGUGCUGAAAGAACCUGUAGAACUGCGAAUGACGCACGACCCCAUAACUCUUGGAAAACUGAAUGAAUAUCCCCCUUCACAAGAAAUGGAGGCAGUGUUUAAGAACAACUUCAAUAUAGUGGAGGAAUAUUCACUAAAGGAGAGAAAGCUUUGCGAAGAAAUCCAAUCGUAUAUGAAAGCCGAGAUGCCAUAUCGAUUACACGUGGGAAAUUACAUUAGAAUUCUGCAAAUUAUGAACAACAUAGAGGAUUAUAGUGUGCAAUAUGAGCUGUCUCGGUACGAGAUGACUGAUGUCAAAUUUUCGUCUUGCGGAGCGAAACGAUUUUAUUGUUUGAUGCUCAGCCAGUUCAACACUGCACCACAAUCGCUCAUCGAAGGGGAUUAUAUUGAGCUAUCUCACAAACGACCGAAUGGGUCUCAAAAAUCUGUUAUCGGAGUAAUCGCACAGAUCUGUUCGGAAAAAAUGCUGUUUGAAACGGAGGAACCCAUAAAAAAUGAGGUGAAGUGGCGCCUGAAGUUUACCCCUAAUCGAACUUCUAUCAGGAUGGAAUAUCAUGCACUCGAAAUCGUGAAACGGCAGGCGCUGAGCACAUUCUUUUUUCCAUCAAAAUCGGUAGGAAGGUUUCUGUUCUACAGCAGGGAUAAGUUUCAGUGGUUUAAUAGUAACAUCGGAACAAAUGAGGAACAGCAGCUGGCUGUUGUCAACAUUGUGAAUGAAACGGCGCGACCUGCACCUUACAUUCUGUUUGGCCCUCCAGGUACAGGCAAAACGUCUACAUUGGUGGAAGCGAUAUCCCAGAUAUGGAAAUUGAGAACGAAGGCACACGUACUGGUGACUGCUUCGUCGAAUUUUGCAUGUAACGUGUUGGCAGAACGUUUGCUGCAAGUGCUUCCCAAGGGGGACAUUUUUCGUGUUUUCUCCAAAAACGCCGAGCGUUUAUUAGCUGAGAUGAGCUUCGAUCUAAUCGAGUGUUCCAACCUCAAUACGGGCGUUCAUCGUUUGCCAUCCGAAGAGGAAAUAUAUGACAAACGUGUUGUGAUUUGUACGUUAACGACGGCUGGGAGAUUAGUCCAGGCAUCGAUCAAACCAAAUCACUUCCACUACGUAUUCAUAGAUGAAUGUGGAAGUGCGACCGAAGCUUCCGCACUGGUGCCAAUUGCUGGGGUGAUCACGUCUCCGGGAAGAAUAAACGGUUCCAUAAUUCUUUCGGGUGACCCUAAUCAAUUGGGACCGAUUACACGAUCCAAAUUUGCCGCUGAUAUGGGCCUGGGUGUAUCGAUGCUAGAGCGCCUCAUGAGCCUUGAAGUUUACAAGAGAGAUGUAGGCACAGGUUGUUACAAUAACUGUAUGAUCACAAAACUUUUGUGCAAUUAUCGCUCGCAUGAAGCAAUACUACGAUUCUCGAACAAAAUGUUUUAUCAAAACGAAUUGAAGCCGUGCUGUGCCCCAAGCAGUUCGGAUUGGGUCCUAAAUUGGUCGGAGCUACCAAAUCCAAAGAUUCCCAUUAUUUUUGAGUCGACCAUGGGUAAAUUGGACCGCGAAAAGGAUUCAACGAGCUAUUUCAAUAGGAAGGAGAUCGAGCUCGUUGAUUUUUAUUUGAAGAAAAUCAUCUCUGCCGGAAUUAAUGAUCGUACGGUUGUGCAACAAGAUAUUGGUAUUAUCAGCCCGUACAAGAAACAAUGCAUCAAACUAAAGCAGAUGUGCCAACGUCAUGGUUGGAACGACAUAGAGAUUGGAUCGGUGGAAGCUUUUCAGGGGCGCGAGAAGCCUAUUAUGCUGCUCACAACGGUACGGUCCGGUACAAACGGUGUUGGGUUCUUGAACAACGUGAAGCGUUUGAACGUUGCCCUAACGCGUGCUCGUGCUUUGCUUAUAGUAAUUGGAAAUCCCGAGACACUGCAGCAAGACGUGAACUGGUACGAGUUUAUCCGUUACUGUUUCAACGAGAAAGCAAUACGAGGAGUAAACUUUGAGCUAGAUGAGGAGCGACAUUCGGUUCAGAAAACAAUGGUGGGAGAGGAGUAUUUACUGCAACUUAAGCAAGAGCUGUUCUCGAUUCUCAAGGGCAUAAGUGCAGUUGAAAAAAUGUGAAAGAACAAUAUUGUUGUUAUUAGUUGGCCUGUCAACUUGUGGUUUGUUUUGUUUGCGUCCCUUUGUAACUGUUUGUUUUCUUUAAUGACGGUUUUUAAUAAAAUAAAAUUCAUUGUUAUAUUUUGAUAGAA